CAGCUGCCCCCUUGCCUGCGUGUUUCCUCGCCUCCCUGACUCUUGAUGCCGGACCCGUUUCCUUGAUGCGUGUCUCGCCCUUGGUCGUGAGGAUGGAACCCUCCACGGGGGUCCCCUCCGAGUGAGUGCCCCGCUUGCAAAGACACGGAGGUAAGGAAGAGGCUGCCAGCCGCGUCCAGCCGGCCCCGGAUCGCCAUGGGGCUGGAGGUACAGCCGAUCGCCCCGCCGAAACCUCCCCUCUUCAAGCUGAGGAAAGUUCGCAAGAGGCGGGAGAUGCUGCUGCAACAGCUCGGCUUCAUCUGCGCGAUCCUCUUCUUCGUUUGGUGCAUGUCCAGCCUUCUCUCCAAGCUAGGACAAGAGUCAGCUAUUGUCGACAAAAAUGUUCUGUCAGAAUUAUGGAGGAAUAGAAGAUUGAUGGCAUCAAAUAAUGAGUCACAUGAAGAAAAGAACUGCACGGAGCCAGCAAUUCACGAAUUCCCUGAGGAUUUAUUCACAAAUAAAGAAAGGAAGAAAGGAGCGGUAUUGCUUCAUAUUAUUGGUGCUCUGUAUAUGUUCUAUGCCUUGGCUAUUGUAUGUGAUGAUUUCUUUGUUCCAUCUUUAGAGAAAAUUUGUGAGAAACUACAUCUGAGUGAAGAUGUUGCAGGAGCCACAUUUAUGGCUGCAGGAAGCUCAACCCCAGAAUUAUUUGCAUCUGUCAUAGGUGUGUUUAUCACUCAUGGUGAUGUUGGAGUUGGAACCAUUGUUGGUUCGGCCGUUUUCAAUAUCCUCUGCAUCAUUGGUGUCUGCGGAAUCUUUGCUGGACAGGUGGUCCGUCUCACCUGGUGGUCCGUGUUCAGGGACUCUGUCUACUACACGCUGUCUGUGAUUGUCCUUAUCGUGUUUAUAUAUGAUGAGAAAAUCGUAUGGUGGGAAAGCCUUAUACUCAUCGUUAUGUACUUGUUCUAUAUACUUAUCAUGAAGUAUAAUGUGAAGAUGCAGAAAUUCUUUACUAUCAAAAGCAUGAAUGUUGGGAAUGGCAACACUGUCAACAGCGAAUUGGAAGAUGGUAAUGAAUCUUAUGACAUUUGCUGGGAUGACCCUUCAAUGCCACUGCUGUGGAAAGUGAAGGGAACACAACAGUAUGGCCAAAAUUCCGUUGUCAUGGUCGAUGAGAUUAUUUGUUCCAGUCCUCCGAAAUACCGUUUCCCUGAAGCUGGCUUGCGAAUAAUGAUUACAAACAAAUUUGGGCCAAGGACCAGGCUACGGAUGGCAAGCAGGCUGAUCAUUAAUGAGCGCCAGCGACUAAUUCACUCAGCUAACGGCAAGCUGGUCCAGAAUGGGAAACAUGAGAAUAUUGAAAAUGGGGCCAUCCAUGUUGAUAACCAAGAAGAGGAGAAUGAACAUAUCAGCCUGUCCCCAUUUUCACCGCCAGAAGGAAAAAUGGACAAAGUCAAAUGGAUCCUGACCUGGCCAUUGAUCUUUCUCCUCUUCUUCACCAUCCCAAACUGCAGCAAACCACGCUGGGAGAAUUUUUUCAUGCUGACUUUCAUCUUAUCCACCUUUUGGAUUGCAUUCUUUUCCUACUUUAUGGUCUGGCUGGUUACAGUGAUUGGUUACACUCUAGGGAUACCUGACGUUAUCAUGGGCAUUACUUUCCUAGCUGCAGGAACUAGUGUACCAGACUGCAUGGCCAGUUUGAUAGUAGCAAGACAAGGCCUAGGUGACAUGGCAGUGUCCAAUACAAUCGGCAGCAACGUGUUUGACAUUCUUGUGGGCCUUGGACUACCAUGGGGCUUGCAGACUAUGGCGGUUAAUAGCGGCUCAUCUGUUAAGAUAAACAGCAAAGGACUAGUGUAUUCUGUUGUGCUUCUCCUGGGGUCUGUAGGUCUUACUGUUGGUGGGAUCCACAUCAAUAAAUGGAAACUUGACAAGAAACUGGGCAUCUACGUGCUCAUCCUUUACGCCAUCUUCCUUUGUUUUUCGAUACUGAUCGAGUUUAACGUCUUCACUUUUGUCAACUUCCCAAUGUGCCGAGAAGAUGACUGACAGACACUGCCGAUGGACGUCAUCUGGACAUAUUGUGCUAUAACUGACAGGAGACAUUUUACAUUUCUACCUGCUUUUUAUCCAAAAUCUCAGUGUCUUUCCUGCUUCAUCACCUUACAAGCACUUUUCCUCUACUUGGAAAGAAAACCGAUGUUUCAUUGAAUAACACGCAAGCUCAAGGCAACCAAAGCAUUUUUUUUCUUUUUCUUCCUCUUUGGAUGUUACUGCUCCAUCAUGCAACUCUGUGGAUCUCAUGCAGAACUUGCAAAAAGCCCAGUGGUUUUCAUUGUCUUUUAGGCAGGCGAGCAUCACCAAUAUCAAGUUUAAUGUGAUGUCUGGUAAAAACACACACACACACCUAUCUUCCUUUUUAUUGCAUAUGGGUUUCCAAAUAAGAGGAAAAGAGAAUGGGUCAGGAUUUUAUCUUGGCUCAUUUCAAGCAACUCAGCCAUGCACUCUAAUGCACUUACUAUGACAUGCACUACUAAGAACUUUCCUUCUCCCUUUCAAGUGCUCUGUUUAUAGAGAACUUUCACUGAUGCUGAAGACUCUUUGGUGGUAUCCAGUAGUACUCUGUCACCUUUUUAUUAUUCUAAAUAAAGGAAACUAUGAAAGACGCAAGAACAAUUCCACCAGGAAAGAGAAGGAAAUGGUUAAUGCUAUAUUACUGACGAUGUAAUUCCAAAUAUCAUGGAACCUGAAAUACAGCAAACUGGAUAUCCAUACUUGAAAAUUACAACACAUUGCUCUACAAUCAGUGGGAACAAUGGUUAAUAUCAAGAAUGACUAUAUAUGGAAUAUUAAGCUUAUAAGUCAAAAAGUUGUGCCAGUAAGUGUACCCCUUAAUCUUAGAGGAAAACAGAAAACUAAUAUCCUGGGUACUCAGUAAACUACUGGUGAUGGUAAUCAUCUGAAAAAUGUGAGUCUGAUCCAAAUGCCCACCAUA